AUUAUUAUCGAUAGAUUUUUAUUCUAGUUGACAGCUUAUUACCUAGAUAGAUACCUACAGUACGUGUAAUCGUGUAUGAUAAAUGAACCGACACGUGUAUUUUGUGCAUGUGUUGAAACUCAGCACGGACACUUCAUGUAGCAGUCCUGCCGCCCGUGAAUGACGCGCGGUUUGUACAGGGAUGCUAAGCUGAUUGCAGCGUUCGAAUCAUUUCUUUUGAAUAAUCACCAUGGCUCCCUCGAGAUAAUAGUAUAUGUACGUCUGACUCACCCAUUCCGAAAUAGAAUGCUUUUUGGACCCUUCCGUGCUCACACUUUUACUUUUUUUUCCAGAAUUGUGACUGCUCUUACACGCCAACCAUCUGCGUCGAGUACGAUCACGUUAUUAUAUUUUUUACUUGACGUUUCAGUUGCGUUUGAUAUCUGAAAUCCGUCGUAAAUCCUUCUUUGCAGUUCAUUUGCUGUCGUCUGUUCCCCAACUAGUGAACGUGCUCUUUAAAUGCCCCCAUUUUUCUUCGUCUGCUAGAUCGUGCUGCACUGUCUGCGCUGGAUAAUAUCUUCCGCACUCGCCCAUCUCAUUCGCCGAUUGCGCAUGGAUUAAGGCGGUCAUUUUCAGGUGAUUUUGAGAGCACAGAGAGAUUCGUGCACGUCAGGGUUGACUUAACACGACUUCUGUGUCAUGGUGUCAGUCCUAUGAUAUCUGAAAUUAGGACACGGCAUGAAGGUCAGCUCCUGCUACUUCAUGGCACAGUAAUUCGUGUGGGCAUUGUUCAGUCACGCGAUGCCAAUCAACUCAACGAGUGCAUAGAGUGUAAGCAUCGUUUUUUCGUCGAGAGUGAAGCAGCAGAUCUCCUUGCAACGUGCCCUUCAGCAAGUGUCUUAUUUCAGCAUGUCAACAGCAGCAUUUCCACUUGCAAUUGCACGACAUUUUGCAGGUUAGUUCUUCUCGUCCAAAUUGCGCGACUUUCAAGAGCUAUACAUUAA